AUGGGAUUUCAAGACUCUCCCCCUCCACAAACCCUCACACCAUCAAACAUCCAACAAGAAGAAGAAGAAGAAGAAUUAGAAGAAACAGAAACCCUCUCACUAUGUGAUCUCCCAUUAUACAGUGAUCAAAGCAAUGAUUGGGAUCAACACUCCACCACCACCACCGCCUCCUCCGACCAAGACUACUUCGAAUUCUUCAGCCAAGAACUCUCCCCCUCCGCCUCCUCCGCCGCCUUCCUCCCACCGCAAAACAUCAUCUUCUGCGGCAAGCUCAUCCCCUACAAACACCUAGCAACACCCUCACCAAACCGAGCUAAUGACAAAAAACAAAUCACCACCAACAACCAAACAAGCCCCAACAAAACUAGCCGUUGGCGGUGGCGGCUGACUGGGGCCAAAUGUACAACCGCGGCGAUGCAGAGGAGGGCGUACAACUCCGGCAAGCAGGUGAAGGUCAAGUGGUACUUUUUCUUAUUUGGGGUUUCGAGAUUUUCUCCGGUGGUUGAGCUGAGCGACAUCAGGAAGAGGCAGAGCCGCCGUCGAUCGUCGCCGCCGCCGCCGUCUUCUCCGGUGAUGUUUGGAUUUAGAGGUGGUGAUGAUGGUGAGGUGAUGGGAGAUCGGGGGUGGGGGUUGAGGGGACUGAUUAGGGCCCUUAGCUGCGGCGGAGGGCGCCAGCCCACCGUAGUGGCUGCAGGCGGCUGA